GGCUGGCGGGGCUCCCGGGGGGCAGCGGGUUCCCCUGCCUCGCGGCUCCGGGCUCCGGCAGGUAGCCCAGGGCUGUGCCGCCCCCCUGGUCUCACCCGGGACCCGCUUCUCCCGCAGAGCUGUCAGAGCAGUGUCUGGAGGAGAAACCCCGUCACGUCUGUGGCCAGGGCUCUCCAGAGCGCUUCACUGACCGCCCCGCAUCCAGGAUGAAGAGGAAGGCGCCUGACUCCAGCGAGAAGGCGUGCAUGCUGUGCCGCCGGGUGGAUGUCAGCGCUGAGGUCUGCGGGCCGACGCACAGGGAGCAGGGGCUGUGCGUCCACGAGUUCUGCCUGUAUCUCGCCAGCGGGCUGGAGCAGCGCGGGACCGAGCAGGAAGGGAUCUGCGGAUUCUUUCCUGCAGACAUCAAAAAAACAAUAAAGGCGGCAGCCCGGAAGGUCCUUCUGCUCGGAGCACCGCCCGGAGCAGGCGGUGCCGGUACGCCCAGAUGAAGAAACCACCUGCAUCAUUUGCAUGGAGCGGGUGGACGAAAAGCUAUCGUUCGGCACUCUGGUGUGCCCAGCGUGCCGCGGGGCCUGGUUUCACCGGGGCUGCAUCCAGGUAGGAGGGCUUCCCUCUCCCGUGGGCACAGCCGGGGCCCAGCAGCAGCAGCGCCCCGCUAACGCCGCUUGUGUCUCUCCCGCAGGGGCA